UUAAGACUGAGAAUUGUGAAAUUGGUACAUAUUUACUGAGUGUUUCUAGAAAGCUUAAUGAUUAGACCUUGUAAUAUAAUUUUUCCAUUCAAUUUUUGUUAUAAAUUCCGUUAAAAUAGUUUCGUUGUUCAAGUCAAAAUUAUUCGUAUGUAUAAUGUAUAAAUUGACAUUCCCGAGUAAUACCUGUGUAUUCAGUGAAAUUGUGUCGAGCAGUUGAAUGGGCGGAUUUUGUUGUUCUGACUGAUACGAUGUGUCGAUUUUCUAAGAAGAAAAUGAAGGGCAACUAUAACGUAACGAAAGCAAGAUCAAAGAAUGAGACAAAACAAUACGGAGAGAAUUCAAGGAACAACAACAACAAUAAUAAUAAUAACAACAACACCAAACAAAUCCAGAUUCAAAUCAAGGAUAAUCCUCGAUCUGAAAACAAUCACUCGACGGCUGUCGAAUCGUCGCAUUCGCAAUCGGAACAAUUGAACAAACAAAACUCGAAUUCAGAGAAAAGUCCCGUUAGAUCGAAUCCACGCAGUUCAAAUUCGCAAAAUACCGAAAGACGUCUGCCAGCUCAUACGAACAUGUCUAAAAAACAACUCAAAGAAUUUCGCGAAGCUUUUAUGCUUUUUGAUAAAGAUGGAGACGGCAGUAUAACUAAACAAGAACUUGGACGUGUAAUGAGAAGCCUGGGUCAAUUUGCACGAGAAGAAGAAUUACAACAGAUGCUUCAUGACGUAGAUAUUGAUGGCGAUGGAUGCUUUAGUUUUGACGAAUUUGUCGAAAUCGUGUCAAAUAUGGGUAAAUGUUCAGCCAAUACAGCCGAAGAAGAGGAAAAAGAACUGCGUGAUGCGUUUAGGGUGUUCGAUAAACAUAACAGAGGAUAUAUAAGUGCUUCAGAUUUAAGAGCUGUAUUACAAUGUCUCGGCGAAGAUUUAUCUGAAGAAGAAAUUGAAGAUAUGAUCAAAGAAGUAGAUGUUGAUGGAGAUGGACGAAUUGAUUUUUACGAGUUCGUUCAUGCUCUUGGAGAACCUGGUGAAAAUGACGAUGACGACGACGAAAGUACUAAUUAAAAAAUCAUUGAAUUUUUACGAAGGCUAACCAUUUUUAUUAUGUAGUAUCAGCAAUAAACUUUUAACUUUUUUUGAAUUUAUUUUGAAGUGCACGACGCAAUGAUGGAUUUUUUUCUCGUAAAUUGUAUAAUGUAAAAAAAUUUCUUUGUAAAACAGUUCUUAUGGCUGCAUAGUACAAUACAUACUUUUAUUGUGUA